UAUAUAUAUAGACAGAAGGCCAGUGUAUACAUUUCUAACAGUAUUCAGUACAAGAAAGUACUCAAGAUGAUGGUAUCCGCUUUUAUGAUUCUCGUUGUCUGCUUUUUACCAGCGUGUUACGGGUACACGUGGCUGAGUGGAGCACCCUACAACGGCUCUACCUACUACUCGUGUGUGGGCGACUCAGUCACCUUUCCCUGGGCCAUCAUCCCCAUUGCUUCUGAAAGAGCUGAGCUGGAAUGGUCCUUUAGAGACAAUGAUGGCAAUUCAGAAGUUAUUGCAACAUACCUCAACGAUGAGUUUCUCGUGCCCCACUCUUCACAGCGAACUUUGACCUUCGCUGGAAGUGUGGGCCUUAUAAUCAGCAACUUAAAGCACGAAGAUUUCGGCGAAUACUCAGUUCGUGUUAUCAUCAACGGCUUCAUUACUGAGACGAGAUACGCUUACCUGAGACAACCAGAUCCUCCGAGGACGGACGACGACCGGCUGCACGCGCGGAUGUUGCCCAACGCCAUCUUCAGCUCCGGGGAGUGGCAGGUGCAGCUCGCGUGCGGUUCGUUUUCCUCCCGGGGCUCCUCAUCUUUUUCUGUGAAAUGGAAGACACCUUUAGGUCAGAUACUGGACAGCGACAUUUCCGCAGACCACGACUACAUUUUGAAGUUGAACAACCCUUUAGAGGAGGGAAACUACUCCUGCUUCAUAGACCUCCACGAGCCUGCUGCCAGGUGUGCGCAUGUCCCACCCACCAUGCUGGUCAGUAACGAGAUUCACGUAGACGAGUGUUCGGCACAGAGGGCGCUGUUCAGUUCAGCCAAGCGUGAAAUCCAGGAAAUCACAUCCAUCUUCCAACAGUUUGUAAAUCUAGAAUCUGACACUGUGCGCCUUGCUGGAGGCAGCAGACCGUGGAAUGGAAGACUUGAAGUGAAGGUGAACGACACUUGGGGAGCGGUGUGCAGCAGCAACUACUACUCGUCCCUUGCCCUUGUUGUCUGCAGGAGUCUACGACUCAAGCGAGAUGCAAGUUAUUCCCCGCAAGUCAGUAUCGGCACAACGUACGGCACGAGCACGUUACCGGCUCACAUCGGAUACAUUACCUGUAACGGCGAUGAAGACAGCAUCUUUGACUGCUCCAUCACCUACAACGGUCAAUCCUGUUAUCGCUACUACGAUAUCGGAGUGGACUGCUUGCCGAGAUUCACACUGAAUUAAAAACAAGUAGACCUUACAAAGUUGUAGUAAUGAAGUAACAAUGCCUCAUUAUGUGACAUGUUCACUGUCUUAGCAUAAACUUACUUUUAUUUACAGUGAUUCAACUUUGAAAAGACACACGAUGAAUUCUUUAUGAACAUUCUUAUCUUUUUCAUUAUUUGGUUUGAUUCUUUCACGAUCUACCUUGAUUAGUCGGCAAAUUUGUAAUAAAGUGUUAAUAGUUCUCUUAAUCUGCAGACUCGUCUUUACAAGGGCACUAAAGAUAAGUUGGAAGGUUGGUUGUUCUGGGCUCAGCACGGUGUUGUUUCUUUUCAUAUGGCAUCUGUUUACAGUGCUGGCUCGGCGUAAAAUACCAGUUCCUCUCCAGUCUACCUUGUAAUCUGUCUGUUCCUCACUGUAGCGUGUAUUUUAUCUCAUCACUUUAUUAUACAACAGCGGUGUGUAAUUCGCUUAAUUUAUGUUUGUUAAGAAGAAACAUUCUGCAGUAUGUCAGUUUAUGCACCACUGUUUGGUUCUGUCGUAGAAUAAAAUUAUUAUCUGCUAUAUUGGAU